UUCCUUCUGUCUCACUGGACAGGUGGCAGCAGAAGACCAAGCGGUGCUGGUCUGUUUGAGUGAGACGGACAGACGCCAGGCUCCUGGGGUUGCCCAGGAUGUUGCAAGGCCUUCUGUUAGUGGCCACUUGCUUCCUGUCUUCAGCCCCAGUAACUGCUCUGAAUGAUUUCCCUGGGGGAAAGAAAUAUGAAGUGGUUUAUCCCAGAAGAGUUCAUCCACUACAUGAAAGAGAGGCCAAGGAGCCAGACCAGCAGGAAAAGUUUGAAACUGAAUUGAAAUAUGAAAUGACAGUUAAUGGAAAAAUAGCAGUGCUUUAUUUGAAAAAAUCCAAGGACAUCCGUGCACCAGGCUACACGGAAACACACUAUAAUUCCUUUGGAAAGGAGGUCACCGCCAGCCCACAGAUCAUGGACGACUGUUAUUACCAAGGGCACAUCAUUAAUGCAAACUUUUCUGAAGCUAGCAUCAGCACGUGUAGGGGUCUCAGGGGCUACUUCAGUCAGGGAGAAGAAAGGUACUUCAUUAAACCUUUAAGUCCCACAAAUUGGGAUGAACAGGAACAUGCACUCUUCAUGCACGAUCCCGAAGCAAAGAAGACUGAUGCCACCUGUGGGGCAGAUGACUUGCUAUGGGCACAUGUGGCCCCACCUGCCACCAGUCUGGUUAAAUUAAAUGAUCGGAAGGUUCAAGAACAGAAGAAGUACGUAGAAUAUUAUUUGGUACUGGACAAUGGUGAGUUUAACAAGUACAAUCGAGAUCCAGAGGAAAUAAGAAACAGGGUGUUCGAGAUGGUCAAUUACAUCAAUAUGGUUUAUAAAAAACUGGACACUCAUGUGGUCUUAGUGGGGAUGGAAGUCUGGAAUGAGAAGGACAAGAUAGAGAUAACCCCAAAUGCAAGCUUCACCUUGAAUAACUUUUGGAAAUGGAGGGAGAGUGUCCUCUCAAGGAGAAGGCAUCAUGAUAUUGCUCAGUUAAUCACGGCAAGAGGCUUUUCUGGAACAACUGUGGGCCUUGCUUUCAUGUCUUCAAUGUGCACUCCUUAUUCCGUUGGCGUCAUUCAGGACCACAGUGACAAUGCACUUAGUGUUGCAGGGACAAUGGCCCAUGAGAUGGGCCAUAACUUUGGAAUGUUCCAUGAUUACUAUCUUUGCCAGUGUCCAGAAAAAAUAUGUGUGAUGGAAGAAGCACUAAGCAUAGACACACCCACGGACUUCAGUUCCUGCAGCCGUGUCAGCUUUGCCCAGUUUUCUAAAGGUAAGUUAUCAGAUUGCCUCUUCAAUGCCCCGCUGCCUGCAGACGUCCUAUCCACCCCGCUCUGUGGGAACCAGCUGGUAGAGGAGGAAGAAGACUGCGACUGCGGGACUUCUGAGGAGUGUACCAACAUCUGCUGUAAUGCUGAAACGUGCACGGUCAAGGCGGGAUCGAUGUGUGCAUCCGGGGAGUGCUGUGAAGGGUGCCAGAUUAAAAAAGGUGGUACAGUGUGCCGACCAGCAAAAGAUGAGUGUGAUCUGCCAGAAAUGUGUGAUGGUCAGUCCGCUCUUUGCCCUGAUGACCGAUUUCAAGUCAAUGGCUUCCCUUGCCAGAAUGGGAAGGGCUACUGCCUGAUGGGGCUGUGCCCCACGCUGCAGGCACAGUGCUCUGAGCUCUGGGGACCAGGAGCUGAGGUUGCAGAUAUGUCAUGUUACAGCAAGAACACAAAUGGGUUACGGUAUGGGUACUGCCGCAAAGUGGGCGACACACACAUUCCCUGUAAAGCAAAUGAUGUCAUGUGUGGGAAGUUGUUCUGUCAAGGUGGGUCAGACAACUUGCACCAGAAAGGAUCUGUAAUAACUUUCUUGACAUGUAAAGCAUUUGACCCUGAAGACAAGAGUCAAGAAAUAGGCAUGGUAGCCAACGGAACCAAGUGUGGAGAUAAGAAGUGUCCCAUCAUGUUUUUCAGGUUUGCAUUGAAGCAGAAUGUGUGGAUAUUGAGAAAGCCUUCAAAUCGACCAAUUGCUCAUCUAGGUGCAAAGGACACGCUGUGUGUGACCAUGAGCUCCAGUGUCAGUGCAAAGAGGGUUGGGCCCCUCCUCUCUGCAGGAACUCCUCCGUGGUGUUCUCUUCCCAUUGGAUCUUCCCAGUCUUGGCACUGGCCAGCAUUUGCUACUGUCAGUGCUCUGGAUUUUGGUCACUCUAACAGGUGGUGAAUCUCUCUGUCACUCAGGGGGCCUCAAAGUCCUCUUCCAACAGCUGUGUGUGGGGCUUCCUGCAACAGUGGCUCACAACUAAGGAUACAGGGUCUGUCUGGGCAAACUUCUGCUUUCUUCUUGAAGCACAAAUGGGGCAACAAAGAGGACCGGUGAUCUGAUUCUAAGUAAAUGUAAUGAGAAAAGAAGCCAUGUUUAUCUUGUUUACAUUACAAAAAUAAAUCCAGUGAUUUCCAGCAAAUUGCUGGUAGGACACAGCUGCCGCUCUCUUUGGUCCCAGAAGAAUUUAAGGAAAUUGGAAGAUCCCCUGGAGGAGAGGCAGUGGGAUUGCUUCAUUUGCAGACUUCCUGCGUGGUUGGCUUGGAAAGGAAAUCACCUGGUAGUUCUGUGACAGAGCAGAAGGGUAUACUAUCAGUUUCGCCCUCUGGCUGCUUGCCAGCUUUGUCUUGCACACAUGGCACUGUCUGUGUAUACUUGCAGCAACUGAAACUGCUCCUGGGGUCUGAGAUUAAAGUCAGAGCUCUCCAGCAGUAGGAAGGAAGCCUGGGGAAGUGAGAUUUACUAAUCCCUGACAGUUGUUUACUCACCGCAGCCCCUUGAAACCCACAGGAGAAGUAACAUCUAAAGAGUUUAUCUUCAGAUGCUGGUUCUCUUGGGGGCAGAAAGUAACCUUCUGUCCCAGAGCUGUCUGUGAGUGGUGAGUCAUGGACUGGUUUUCUGGUGUUUGAGGAUUUCCACCCUGUGGGAGAUUGAUCAACUUCCCACUCUCUAAGCUUUUGCAGCUGAUAGUAUCUGAGGUUGUCCUUUUCUAUAUGCAUUGCUUCAUAGAAAAAGCGGUAGUGUCAUGUAAAAAUCACCAAAACAACAACCCAAUAGGGAACAAACAUUUUCAAAGAAAAACAAUAUAUUGCAUUACAGAUUCCAUCCUAUGCAGAAACAUGAAAAAAGAAGGGCCAACAAAUAACAAAUAUGUUAAAAAGUACAAGGGAAGGUAUUCCAAAUAUGAAACAAGAACAAGAAAACAUAAAAAAUGGAUCCAAGGAAAAAUACUAGACAUAAAAAUGUAAUAGUUAACCACCAUGCUG